UUUCGCUUCACGCCCGAGGUUCAAAAACACGACGAGCUCCGCUAUAGUGAUCUGCUAUGAUGCAAAAUAUUCUAACGUUGCCUCAAGAUAUUCACUAUCUGAUUUUCUCCAAGCUCACUCUCUGUGAUAUUUUGCGUCUGCGACAAACAUGUUCUACAUUUUCGUCUUGUAUUUCGAGCAACAAACAGCUUUGGACUCACAUGUUCAAACAACACGUAAUACGAAACUCGUUGCCUUUCCCGCAUUAUUUACGUUGCAUCAAGGACGUUGAAGCACACGACAUUGAGUCAUGGGUCAGACAUGCAGUUUCGUUAGACAGAAAUUUUGCUACGGUCCGGAGAAGGCUUCACGUACGCAGGGUCACAAAUAGCCACGGUCUAGCAAUAACAUGGCUUAGACUGAUCCGUGGACGUUGGGCUCUUGUUGCUUCAGCAGACGUGAAUAGGUGCGAACUUAUGAUAUGGGAAAUACCGCUGAAAGGAGAAAUGAAGCUUGCUGCAAGGAAAUUCGUGGAAGCACCUGUCAUUGAUGGAGUGGUGGAUGAAUCUGAGACGCAGGUGCAAUGUGCAAUUACCAUAGGAGCUUCCGUGCGGGGGAAGUGAUGAUCAGUCAACUUACUUGCAUGCCUGGUGUUUCGCAUGUCCGCUUCUUACAGGGCAGCCUCAUCGGCUUCGCCGUUCACAAGGGUGACGACGAGUAUCCAUACAUUGCUGAUUUGAAAGCGAAGAACUUGAAUCGACUAUAUCUAUUACCAAGACCUGCUCCACAGAUACCCUUGCCGAUCCCCCUCGAGCCUUGUGUUACGAUGACUAUCAAGAGCGGGUAUAUCUUCACUCUACAUCGAUAUGCAAUCCAUAUCUUCGCCUUGUUGCUGACUGAUAGGGAGCUCAGGUCCAAGUAUGCAUCCUCCCUAUCUCUAAAAAGGGAUGC